AGAAGAGGGCAUUUAAUUUUCCUGGAGCUGGAAUCAUGAAUGGUUAUAAGCUAGCAUGUGGUGCUAGGAACAACUCAAAUCCUCUGCAAGAGAAGCAAGUGCUCUUUACUGGUGAGCCAUCUUUCCAGCCCUGGUUAUGCUUUUUUCGUAUUGGGGUGUAACCAAGGCAGUACAAAGUCCAUUCUUUUACAUUAAGUCUCUCUCUCUUUGUGUGUGUGUUUAAGGUUUUCAAAAGUUUUGUAGUAUUGCCGUUUAGUUCCAGAACUUUUUUAUCAGCUUCACCAGAAAUCUUGUACCCAAUAUAGUUAACCCUCCUCCAACGGUCCCCCUCCCCAACUUCUGAUCCGUGGUUCAGUGUGCAUCUUCCUGUUUCGUAUAUUUUAAGUAAAUAGAAUCAUGUAACAGGUGUCCUUCUGUGUCUAGUCUCUGAAAGGGUAAUGUUUUCAGGGUUUGUCCAUGUCUAUGCAACAAUACGUUCAUUCCUUUUUAUUUAUUUUUCCCUGUUUUUCUGGGGAUGCUAGGUAAGAAUUCUACCACUGACCUACACAUAACUCACUCCUUUUUAUGGAUAUGCAGUUGUAUUGUUUUGUAUUUUGGGCUGUUUGGAAUAAUUCUAAACAUCCUCUGACUUUCUGUGUGGAUAUUGUUUUUAGGAUGUGGUCUUGUGUUUUGAGAACUGACUGAGCAGAUCUUUCUGAAGUGGCUCCAGCAUAUUGAAUCCCACAGAUUAGGAAGGCCUGCUUCUCUAAUGCCUGGCAAACACCUGUUCUGCUUAUAUGCAUCUUAGUGGUAUCUCGUUUUGAUUUUUAUGGGUAACUCUUUUUAUAGUUGCUGUUGCAUGGAAGGAUGCUCUUUUCCUGAUAGAAGAUGAUAAUCUUGGAGGAUGACCAUGGAGAAGGGGAUGAGUUCUGGAGAAGGACUGCCUUCCCGAGCACCUCAGGCAUCCGCCGCUCAAGUCCCAGUCAAGGAACCGGAAACAAGGCAGCCUUGUGAGGAGAAACGAGGGGGCUUUGUGCUGGUGCAUGCAGGUGCAGGUUAUCAUUCAGAAUCCAAAGCCAAGGAAUAUAAACAUGUAUGCAAACGAGCUUGUCAGAAGGCAAUUGAGAAGCUGCAGGCUGGUGCUCUUGCGACAGAUGCAGUGACUGCAGCUCUGGUGGAGCUUGAGGUGUAUACACACCGUUACACUUCAUGGAGUUGCAUCCAGCCAAGUCUCUGUGUUCUUCUUGUGAAGAGGCAGAAAAUCACCUCUCCCAAGAAUUUCCAUCUUCUGGCCAAGGGAACUGUGUCCUGAAGAGCUGUACACAGACGGGAGGCACCUUGUUUGCUUGCUCUGCUGCUAGAGCUUUGAUUUAAUUAGAAGAGAGGCUGUGGGUGGCCCUGUGCAGACAAAGAAGCAUCAGACAGAGCCCACUUAGUCUGGGACGGUCAAAGAUUCUCCGUUUACAAAUGCAGGAAUGGGAUCUAAUCUGAAUCUCCUAGGAGAAAUCGAGUGCGACGCAAGCAUAAUGGAUGGGAAAUCCUUGAAUUUUGGAGCAGUUGGAGCACUGAGUGGCAUCAAGAAUCCAGUCUCAGUUGCAAACAGACUCUUGUGUGAAGGGCAGAAGGGCAAGCUCUCUGCAGGCAGGAUUCCUCCCUGCUUUUUAGUUGGAGAAGGAGCCUACAGAUGGGCAGUGGAUCAUGGGAUACCCUCUUGCCCUCCUAGCAUCAUGACCACAAGAUUCAGCUUAGCUGCAUUUAAAAGGAACAAGAGAAAAUUAGAACUGGCAGAAAGGGUGGAAACAGACUUCAUCCAGCUAAAGAAAAGAAGACAAUCAAGUGCAAAGGAAAAUGACUCGGGCACCUUGGACACAGUGGGUGCUGUGGUGGUCGAUCAUGAAGGGAAUGUUGCUGCUGCUGUCUCCAGUGGAGGCUUGGCCUUGAAACAUCCAGGGAGAGUUGGGCAGGCUGCUCUUUAUGGAUGUGGCUGCUGGGCUGAAAAUACUGGAGCUCAUAACCCCUACUCCACAGCUGUGAGUACCUCAGGAUGUGGAGAGCAUCUUGUGCGCACCAUACUGGCUAGAGAAUGUUCACACGCUUUACAAGCUGAGGAUGCUCACCAAGCUCUGUUGGAGACUAUGCAAAACAAGUUCAUCAGUUCACCUUUCCUUGCCAGCGAGGAUGGCGUGCUCGGUGGAGUGAUCGUUCUCCGGUCAUGCAGAUGUUCUUCAGAGUCUGACUCCUCCCCAAAUAAGCAGACGCUUCUAGUGGAAUUUCUGUGGAGCCACACUACAGAGAGUAUGUGCGUAGGAUAUAUGUCAGCCCAGGAUGGAAAAGCCAAGACUCACAUUUCAAGACUCCCUCCUGGCGCUGUGGCAGGACAGUCGGUUGCCAUCGAAGGUGGAGUGUGCCGCCUGGAGAGCCCAGUGAACUGACUCCGGGCUGAAUGUAAAGUGUCUGAGAGGCAUUUCAAAACCUGAGCUUUGGACUAUUUAAUUGAACUUGGGUGUUUUAUCUUCCUUGUUUUGUAAUUCCUAUUGCAACCUCGGGCACUGCUUGGGACACAAGUGCUGCUAUAUUAGUGCUGGUUGACACUCAAGUCUUUGAUGGGUGAACGGGAGCAUGUGUGGGUGUAUAUCUGUAUGCAGUUUGUGUGCUUGCUUCUCCCUGAUGGGACAGGAUCUCCUCAAGUGUAACCUAUGACUGGGAAUGAUCAAAUCUUUACAAAAUGUGUGCUUUAACUGUUUACAAGUAAAACCUAAAGUUGUAGAAAACUUUAAUUUCAUAAAAAGGUACCAACUGUGGUUGAUACAAUGUGUCUGAAAUGAAGAGUGAAUCUCCUUGUUUAAAUGACUUGACCUUCAUUGUGGUCCAUUUAAUAAGAGUAAUCAAUAAUAUGGUGUCAGUUUAAGUGGUUGGUGUGGUAACUUAAACUGUGUUCUCAUCCCUCAUACAGGGCAUUUUUUCCUUGAACAAAGAAUGGUUUCAGUGAAACAGUCUAGUGGAGAAUUAAGGUCAGAACCUUUUAAAGUAAUAGUCUUAUUGAUAAAGUUUGUGCUUCUUUCCUGAGCUAUUUGAAGCUUAAGUAUUGCAUAGCUUUGCGCCGUGUGUACUGUAUUAUGAAAGGAUAUGUAAAGAGAAUGUUCAGCAAUGCACAGUCUUAAUUUGUGUAUAAUGGAAUGUUAUUUACAAUGUAACACUGUAAAUAAGAAAGCAAAGUUUAUGGGGAAAAUUCAAUAUCUUUGUUUCUUGUUUAAAUAUAUUUUUAAGAUAAAGGUACAAAAAUAAAAGCAUAUUACUGGGGA